GGCGCGGCCGAGAACCACCCAGGGCCACCAGACAGCCAAUACUCCUCGUCCCUUUCCCGUCCCACUCCCUCUGCUGCCAGCGUCCGACCGCGUGCUUCCAAAAUGAUCGCUUGGUCGUGAGGAUUCCACAACGGCCGUCCUCCAAUCGUCAGCCACAGACCAAGUCCCUCGCUUCUUGCAUCCUCGUUCCCUCGACCUCGUCCGCUACUGCAUCUCCCGUAUGCAUUCACUCUCACUUCUUUUCAGCUGGCUGGACAGAACAUAGAUAUCAAGCAUUGCGUCUGUGUGUGCCUGAACCGUCCAGACUUGUCAUGCCGCCGUUUGUCAGCUGCUGUCACUGCUAUGCAGCGAACGGACUGACAGUCCUUUGUUUCCUUUGACUUGUUAUCCUCCGUCACCUCCGACGUUACGAAUGACUUGACCACACCUUUGAACCACCGAUCUUUCUUACGAAUCAUCCUGUACCGAGACUCGAAACACCAUGGGGGUCUUGAACAUUCCUUCCAAAGGCCUUACCCUUCGGCAUGCCUCCGAGCAUGACACCUCAGAGAAACGGGCCAGGGAACCGCCACAGGUGUUCCGUCUGGACCUGGUCGAAAACGUAACCAAGGAACUCGUUCGGUCCCUCAACAACAAAGAACAAGUCAAACUGAGAUGUGGUAGAAGACCACUCAUACAAGUUGGGAAGAAGGCAAUACCUCUUGAAAGCACCCUCGACUCUUUCCCCUCUGAGGUCUUCAAAAGAUCUACACAUGAUGCCGAGUUGUUAUACUUUUCUGGGAAGUCGAGCCACAGACUGGAAGUACAGAAAGCAGAAGAAGCCACUGCCAAAAGUGACGAGGCGUUGGCUACAUUGGAGAGCACCCUGAAGUCGAUCCAGGAGCAAAGAGCGUCCAAUGAAACGAGUAUAAUAGGUGGUAAACAACAUGCUGGGAGAAAGGAUGUCAAAAGCUCUCCGUUCUUGGGGCAAAGCUCUACGGCUCUCAGAAAAGAUCUUCUGGGAGGGCUGUCAUCAUCGCGCCCAUCCAGCCCUUUUCUCUCAGCCAGCUACUCUCCAAGAUUGGGACCAACAUCUAUCGCUUUGUCUCCCGGUGUCUCUGCAAAAGACAGGGUCCGACUCGACGCCAUUCGCAUCCCACUGGUUCAUCUUCUGGCUGCCCGAUCCAUGUCUCUCAAGGAGAUGUGCAAGCAGCUACGGGCUAGCAAAGAGGACUGCGAACGACUGAUAGAGAAAGUCGCUAGAGAUUCCAAACAAGGUGACGGUCUGAAAGAGCUGAAGGAGAAAUCCUAUCGCGAGUUGGACGUUUGGAAAUUCCCUUACCGGACCUCUGAUGAAAGACAGGCAGCCAUCGAUCAUGCCAUCCAAGCAUACGAUCGUAUGCGGGUAGAAAAGAAGGAUACCUUGUGGCAGUUGUUGUUGCCUCAGGAGGAACGGGGCAAAGGCAAAAUCCUAUCAAGGCUCAAUUUUGAUAAGCCCGUUGCACCAAAAUCGACAGGAGAUGACGGCAACGAGAGCAAGAACGAGGCCUCUGACAAGGAACCUUCGAAAUCAAAGACGAAGAAGGACGAUACUGCGGCUACUCUAAGGAAAGCUAAAGACAAGACCCAUAGCACGAAGACCGCUCUUAAGGGAGACGGUGCCGUCUCGAGUCGUGGGAAAAAUACCCCCCAGCCUCCAAGCAAGGCUUCCAAACCCGAGGGCAAGUUCAAAUCUUCAGAACGGAUUGAGGACUCCGACGAGGACGCCGACGCAUCAGAGGUCACUGCCUCCCAAUCUAAUAACACUAAGUCUUCAGCUGUCGGUAAAAAACCCGAGCAGGAUAAGGCGAGAUCACAGAAGCCGUCACAAAAUGUUGCGUCACCGCGAAAAGUGAUGCACAAGUCAUCUACGUCCAGUUCAUCAUCAAGUGGGAAUGAAAAGGGGCGACCAGCAGCAACGAGCACCACAAAACCCUUGAAACCUCAACCAAAGUCGGAAGGAACGACGUCCCGUAUUUCGCCCAGACCUAGACACGAUAGUUCACCGUCGAAACCGUCACCGCUUGGAUCUUCGCCUCCUACCACCUCCACUGAUGCUGACAAUUCCAGCUCGAGCAAAGCUUCGAACCAGUCCUCGGCGCCAUCAUCCCCGCCUUCAAGCGUUGAUCUACCAAAGCCAAAGCAGGGUACCAAGUACUCUCCCGUUGUUGCCGAUAAAAGCCAACCUGUUUCUCGAGGGAGAAGCCCAGACAGAAGUCCUGCCAAGCGAAAAGCCUCGCCUUCGGAAGAGGAAAGACCCUCGAAACGCAAGCAGUCGGAAGCUAGUCGUUCAGCGAUGCCCACAAACGGUACUGCCGAGCAACUAAAGCGACCAACCCCUGUCCGGAGAGAUACUGAACGAUCUUCUUCGCCGGAAAAACGUGGUCCCAACCGACAAGACAUCAUUGAGGAUGCCAAGCGCUUUCAAAAGUACUAUAAGAAGUACAAGGAUCAGUACGAGCGGAUAGCACAAAUGGAGGAGAACGAGCGUGAUGAUAAAGACAUGGCUGAUCUGUGGAAGAUGCAUAAACGCCUGAAGGAGAUGAAGGCCGACAUCUGGAAGAACUGGGGCAAGGUUGAUACGGACACAAAAGUUGAUAAUGUUAUGAGGGAAAUGGUGGCUGUUCAAUGAACGGAUUUGCCAUUCCUCUUUCUGCAUGUUUAUGGAAGCAAUGAUGAGGUCUCAGAAUUUCUGAUACUCCAGUGAGUUGAAUGACCCUCUUAACGAGAUCAUCGAGAGUUACAAAAUCUAAAAAAUGAUUCAUCAAUUCUGCAGUGACUGUGCUUAGAAUAACCUG